AUGGCCGACACCGUGAGCUCCCCGCAAAAGGUCGGCUUGGCGUACGACCAGUUCAUCAUCUUCGGCGACUCCAUCACCCAGCAGUCCUACAACCAGGGGAUGGGGUUUGGAUGGGGCGCUCAGCUGCAGGAGGUCUAUUCUCGCAAGCUGGACAUUAUCAAUCGCGGAUUUUCUGGAUACACAACUGCGAACGCAAUCAAGAUCCUUGAUCAAUUCUUCCCCUCCCCCCAAACCGCCAACGUUCGCCUCAUGACCAUCUUCUUCGGUGCCAAUGACUCAGUGGGCAAGGACCAUUUCCAACAUGUCUCGAUCGAGGUGUACAAGGAGAACCUGAAGAAAAUCAUUCAACACCCCGCCGUGCAAGCCCAAAACCCCUACAUCAUCCUCAUGACCCCGCCCCCAGUCAACGAGUACCAACUCGAGCAAUUCGACGCGGAAAAGAGCACCCCGCACCCCAGCCGUACCGCGAAAAACACCAAGGACUACGCAGAUGUCACCCGCGUCAUCGGGAAAGAGCUGAAUCUCCCUGUGGCAGACAUCUGGUCCGCUUUCAUGGAUGUCACUGGAUGGAAGGAAGGCUUGCCGCUGCCUGGGUCGCGUGAUCUGCCUGAGAUCGAGUCUUUGUCUGCGUUGUUUGUGGAUGGCUUGCACCCUUCGCCCGGUGGCUCUAAGAUCAUUUUCAAUGAGGUCCUGACGACCAUUGAGAAGUCGCUCCCGGACUUUGCUCCGAUGGCCUUGCCUAUGAUCUUCCCUCCGUUCCCUGAGGCCCCGAAAUAG